AUGGGACCAAUUGAUGGCGACACAUUUUUCAAGGCCCUAAAACAAUUUCGUGAUGAUCCACUCUGGAGUAGAGUAUUUGUUAAACUUAGUGAUGAGAAGAAGCAGGAAUGGCUUAAAAGGCUGUUUACCAUUAUGGAUCCAUUUUGUUUGCCUACUUUAAUUAAUGAUGAUGAAGAAGAUGAAGAAGAGGAAAUGGGGAAUUGCAUUGGUGCAAUUGAUGGUACACAUAUCCAUGCAAAUGUCCCAGCAUCUUCACAAAUUCCUUAUCGUGGAAGGAAAUCAGACACAACACAAAAUUUAAUGGCUAUUUGUUCUUUCGACAUGAAAUUUACAUAUGUGGUGGCAGGUAAGUAUUAUCUUAUGGACUCUGGGUACACCAAUAUGAGGUACUUCUUAGCACCUUAUCGUGGCAAAAGAUAUCAUUUACAGGAAUAUAGGGGGAGACGAAUAAGGGGUCCUCAUGAACUAUUCAACUAUAGGCAUUCGUCACUAAUAAAUGUGAUAGAACGUUGUUUUGGUAUAUUAAAAAUACGUUGGCCAAUCCUUAAGUUGAUGCCUCCUUACAAACUGAGUGUACAAGCACUCAUCAUUAUUGCUUGUUGCACAUUACAUAAUUUUAUUCGUGACGAACCCCGUUUAGAUUAUCAUUUUGAUGAAUAUGGGGAUGAAAAUGCCAAUCUUCAAGAAGAAGAAGAAGAAGUGGAGUUAGGUGGUACUUCUCAGAGAGUGAAUGUUACACAUGAGCUAAUUCAAGAGAUGAGUGAAGCCUGUGAUGCAGUUACAAAUGAGUUAUGGAACAACUAUCGUGAUAGAUUAAUCACUUCUAUUUGCUCAUUAUAA